AUGUCGAACUUAUUUUCUCUCGAGGGCGAGACAGCGCUCGUCACUGGCGGCACCCGCGGUAUUGGUGCUGCUGUGGCCAUUGCCCUCGCCGAAGCUGGCGCCGAUAUCCUGCUUGUUCAAAGAAACACAAACGUAACAGACACGCAAAAGACCAUUGAAUCACUAGGCAGAAAGGUGUCGGUAUACACAGCGGACCUGUCUUCGCCAGAGGAUGUGAGAAAGGUGGUGCCCGCAGUAUUAGCCGACGGCCAUAAGAUCCGAAUCUUGAUCAACUGUGCCGGCAUCCAGAUCAGACAUGCUUGUGAGGUGUUCCCCGACGAUGAUUUUAACAAGGUCCUGCAAGUGAAUCUCAACUCUGUUUUCUCGCUCUGCCGUGACGUCGGCGCACAUAUGCUCACCCUGGAGCCCUCGCCCGUGACGGGCCGCCGCGGCAGCAUCAUCAACUUUGCCUCGCUGCUGACCUUUCAGGGCGGGCUCAACGUGCCGGCCUACGCGGCAUCCAAGGGCGCUGUCGGCCAGCUUGCCAAGAGCAUGGCCAACCAGUGGUCCGACAAGGGCAUCACCGUCAACUGCAUCGCCCCCGGCUACAUUGCAACCGACAUGAACGAGGCCCUGCUCAACGAUCCCAAGCGCCUCGCCAGUAUCAGCGAGCGCAUCCCCGCCGGCCGGUGGGGAAGCCCCGACGAUUUCAAGGGCAGUGUCAUUUUCCUGGCAAGCAAAUCUAGCGCCUACGUGACGGGACAUACUCUUGUUGUUGACGGUGGCUGGAUGGGACGGUAG